AUGUCGGACUUGUUCACGAAACCUCCAAAGAGUCGAUCGCGAGCUUCGCGGGCAUGCCAGAGGUGCAGUCAGCGGAAAGUACGAUGCGAUGUCGCCGAGUCGGGCGUCCCUUGUAGUCGAUGCCGUCUUGACGCCAUACCAGAUUGUUCCUUGUCUCUCUCGCGAAGAGGCACCUACCAGAGAACGCAGAUGUUUCGGCGCAGGCCGAGAGACGAGACAUCAAUGCGAAGUGUUUCAGUAGGCAACCCCGAGCUUGGUUCUGGUGCGCUGACCCCAUCAAAGUCCUGCAGCCAACCGACGUUGAUUCAGGGAAUGAAAACGAACCAGAUCGCGAUGUCUGAUGGCCUAUCUGGACCCCAGACAAACGUUGUCAGCGGUGAUCCAAUUACGAUAUCCCACGGUAUGCCCGCGGUAUCCCAGUCUCCAGUUGAGAGGCAUUCAGUCCUGGAUUCAGCUUGCUCUUCCUCAGUCACCUCGGAUGAAAAUAGAACUGCUGCACAAGCGAAAAACCGAAACUCGUUGGCUGGAAUGUUCGAAGACUUCCUCGACAACCAAGGCCAUACCCAUGAAGGAUCGGUCCCCAAACUAGGAGUGAUCUUCUUUAGCGAGAGCUCCCCCUUGACCUUUGCUCUCGAAGAGCUUCAACGGUCGGAGCAACGAAGCCUUUACGACCCGGUCUCGCAUAUCAAUGAGGGGGGAGUUGUGCAGCGUAACACACAUCCGUCCCACAUGUCUCCACAGGAUAUCGCCUAUCUCCAAUCCAAGGGCGCGUUUGAAAGUCCUAGUGCUCGGAUCUCGGCCACUCUGGUCGCCGCGUUCCUCGACAGGUUUUAUCCUCUUUAUUCUAUCAUAAAUAAGGAUCAAUUUAUGGAACUACACGAGCAACAAGGCCUUCCGUGGAUUCUCCUACACACAGUGUGUUUUAUUGGGGCCACAUUCUGCGACAUCAGUGCCGUACAUCAAGCGGGCUUUGAAGGCAGAUGGCAUGCGAGACGCUUCUUCUACGACAAGGCCAAGGUUUUGUUUGAUGUGGGCUAUGAGACGAACAAAGUGGUCUUGCUACAGACGGUCAUCAUGCUUUCCUUCUGGGGUCCUCAGAUGAAGAGCUUCUGGAACCCUUGCUCUUGGAUUGGGUUUGGUUCAACUAUUGCCGAGUCUCUGGGCAUCAACCGACGCAACCAGUCGACGCGGAUCGAUCCCAAGUCAAAGAGUCUUUUACGGAGGCUAUGGUGGACUCUUGCUGUACGCGAUGCAUAUUGCGCUGCACUUCUAGGCCGGCCUUUCCGCAUCAAUAUCUCUCAAUGCGACACAGAAAUGCUCGAUCUGGCCGAUUUUGAUCACGACACCGAUUGUGCAAUCACGAAUAGAGACAGUAAUUGUCACACUCACUAUACGUAUCAGAUUCAGGUUGCGAAGCUUUCACUCGUCCUCCGAAAAAUCGUCGAAGUGCGAUUCGGCCCCCCUAACCAUUCCAUCACCCUUCAAGACCUUCAUGAAUUGUCAAACCGAUGGCAAGCCGACUUGCCUCGGGAGGUUGACUGGUCGCUCCACAGUACCCCAAAUAACCCCUAUGCCACAUAUCUACGCGUCAUCUUCAAUCAUCACCUCAUAUUUAUUCACCUGAAUAAGCCCCAUUCUGCGGACAAUCUCAGCACGGAUCAGCAACACGACAACAGUGUAUUCCACAUCGCCGAGUCUGCCGCGCAGAUGAUAUCAUCCACUGCAUUGUCUUUGAUGACAAACUCUAUAGUAGGGUUAAUGCCACACGAGGUCUUUCCGGGCUUCUUUAUUGCCGGAAUUGUGUUUUAUCGGCAGUUUCGACAGUCGCAACAGUCUGUCUACGCUCAGCUAGGCCGUGCAGCCCUGGACAACUGUCAGAUGGUAAUGAACGAAGCCCGCGAACGCUGGGAUCCGGCGUUAUGGGCCAUGAAAAUAUUCGACUUUCUUCUGUCAGGCGCCAACGGCUUUACCAAAACGCCCUCGUCUUGGGCCUUGCAGAAUCCUCCCGCCGGUGUGGGGCCUGUACAAUCAGAGACUACGCAGGAAGACCCGAACGACGGCUCAACCAUAGGCGUACCUGACAAGAAUGUCUUGCACUCGAUCGACUUAGAGUCACCACAAUACGAAGAUAUGAACAGGACUCUCGAUGACUUCUUCCUGAUUCCCAGUUAUUUUGACUCUACACCAGACGUUUGGUGA